AUGACACGUUGUGCAGUAGUCUCAUUCUCUUUUAACUGGACAUUUUGGUACAAAGAUAAGUGCGCAAAGGACGAGGAUUGGAGAACGAACUUCCAGAAGCUAUUCGAAGUGUCGACGACUACUCAAUUUAUUGAGGCCUACAAUUUACUAAAACCGCCCUCUGGCUUACMAUUAGGGGCYAGUUAUUAUUUUUUCAAAAAAGGAAUACAGCCUAUGUGGGAAGAAGAACCGAAUAAAGGCGCGGGAGCUUGGGUCAUUGAAGUUGAAAAUCAGAUAAAUAAUGAUUUGAACUUGAUUUGGUCAGAUUUGUUGUUUGCACUCAUUAGUGGCGGAUUUAAAGAGUUGUCGUGUUAUUUAUGUGGCAUCACAUGUUAUGCGAAACACAAAAAAUUUCAAAUCGUUACAAUAUGGACAGUCAGGACUACGUUGGAAAAUUAUAAAUAUAUAAUGAAGAUUGGAAAUAUUCUGCAAAUCCUCAAACUAAACGUUUACAAAAUAAAAUCAUUAAAAUAUAAAUUACAUAACAGAAUUUCAAAUAAUUUUGAUUAUGUAUUAUAA